AUGGGUAACUUCCGAUGCUCCAAAUGCCAUAAAAUAAGAUUUGGGCCCAGAAGGGUACUCCAUGUUGCACCGUCAUUGUGGCUCAUCACAAGACAAACGUGGAGGAGUUCAAUCUACAGGCCACCAUGUCACGGUUUUUCAAAUUUUAUAAACGAAUUUUGGGAUCAUGUCGACACCAUUAUCAAUUUCAACAUCCUAAUCAUCAUUUGUGGUGAUUUCAAUGUACCGGGGCAGCUCAGAGUCAUUGAACAGCAUCUCGAAUCAUCAAUUAAAGCCCUUGGGCUUAUUCAGCACGUGCAAUAUAUGCGAUUCAGACUUGCCGUCGAUUAA